UUUGGUCUUUCUAAUUCAGCUCCAUGGUUCCAGAGUUCCAGAAACCUCGAGUCACAGAGAUACAUAUCCGAAUGAACUGUAACGGAUGUGUGCAGAAGAUUAAGAAAGCACUCAGUGGCAUAAAUGGUAUAUAUGAUCUCUAUAUUGACUUCCCUCAACAAAAAAUAACAAUAAUUGGGUGGACAGAUCCUGAAAAAAUAGUCAAAGCAAUUAAGAAGACAAGGAAGAUAGCCACCAUUUGCAAUAUUGAACCAAUUGAGUCUUCAUCUCAACCAACAGAACCAGAACCUGAAGAAAAUGCACAAGCCCUUGAAGCAACACAACAUGAAGAAAAUCCACCAACUCAAGUAGAGGAACCCCCGAGGGACACACCACUUCAUGAACAGCCACAACAUGAGGCAACACCAUCACCAACACAUGCAGAGAAUAAUCUAGACCAGCAGUCUCCAAGAACCAAUGAUGUAAAAGAGGCUCAUUGGAUACACCACAAUCCACCUAAUUAUGGAAACAGAUUUGGUUCUGGUCACAACUAUGUUGGACAGUGGAGGGAUAGAUACCAUAGUAGCCCAACAUUUCUUGAAGAGCAACCUCAACCAGUGUAUGUGACACAUAGUUAUAAUACAUAUAGGCUAUCACCUUAUGUCACUGAAUAUGAGUAUGUGAGGUCACCACCAAGGCACGCCCAUUACAAUAGUAUGGAACACUACACUGGACACUACCAAAAUGCCAAUGGAAGCAUCACAUCCAUGUUCAGCGAUGAAAAUCCAAAUGCGUGCAGGAUAGUCUAGAAGAACGUCAAAAACCUACUUAUGAAAGUUAAAAGAAGUUUAGAGACAAUUCUGCUUUGAGAUGUAUUAAUGAGCUAUGGUGAAGGAUUUUUCACUCUUAGCAAGCGGACCAAGCUUCGUUGUAGUAAUUUGAUAUCGUUCUCAGGAAUUUGGGAAUACUAGUAAUUUCCUUUCUUGUUUACAGAGAACAUGAAUGAAAUAUUGAUUUAAGUUUAUAAAAGAGCAAUUAAAAGCAAUAGUAUGAAUUUAAUAGAAAACCUUAU